AGUGCUGCCUGACAAGCAGAUCCCAGGGACAAAUCUCUCUACAGCAGUUGUCUCGUGAGCAUGCGCAGUAGAGUGGCUGCAGUGCCAAUAGCUAGCAGCUGACUUAUAUGCAGUUUUUUAGUGACAUUUAAAAUGGCUAGUUGCUCUUGGGCAGAAAACAUACUCCAGCUCCUCCGUAAAAUGAAUAACUUUUAUUUACCAGGUUCACGUCGUUCAAGCUGCUUUCGUUUUGAGAUUGAAGGAGCCCAGGUCGGCUGGAUACCUCCUCACGUAGCUUCGCUUUUAGCGCGCUAUCCAGACGUGUUCAGUCCGCCACACCAGGGUGCAGUGACCCUCUGCCACAGCCUGGACUCGUACGAGAAGAGAUCAGAGGCUGUGAGUCAUGUAGUGCAAGCUCUCAGACAGGAGCCCUCUUUAACCUGCCUUAAAGGAUGGAGAGAUGAGAAAUACAGUGUAAUGCCCAGAUUUGCAGACUGCCCUUUGAUGUGGAUGGAAAGAGCAGCUACAAGUCUCUUUGGGGUGAAGCGGUAUGGAGUUCAUAUCAAUGGCUACACUGUCAGUGACCGUCAGGAGGUUUGCAUGUGGUUGGCACGACGCUCCCACACCAAGCAGACGUACCCUGGGCUCCUGGAUAACAUGGCAGCAGGUGGGCUGGCUGCUGGUGUUGGCAUCAAACACACUCUGGUCAAAGAGUGUCAGGAGGAAGCCUGUGUUCCAGCAGCCAUAGCUAAGAGGGCUCGUCCAGUUGCAACAGUAAGCUACACAUAUGAGGAUGAAGAGGGUGUGUUUCCAGAAAGCCAGUUUGUCUUUGAUUUGGAACUUCCUUUGGAGUUCAAGCCCAGAAUAGGGGAUGGAGAGGUGCAGGAGUUUUACCUCCUCCCCAUAGAUAAGGUGAAGGAACUGCUGGCCACUGAUGACUUCAAACCCAACUCUGCCAUGGUAGUCUUGGACUUCCUCAUAAGACACUCGUACAUUGACCCUGACACAGAGCCAUACUAUCAGGACUUUGUGACAGGACUCCACCAGAUAUUAUAGAAAGAAGAUGAAGAUUAAACUCACUGUGUCUGAGGCACAACGUUGUUGUUCACAUUUACAGUUGCAAGAAACAUCACAAAAAUGUGAACUAAUCUUCAGAAACACUCUAAACAAAAGUCAUACACUUUGUUGUACAUCAUGUUAAUAUUAAAUAUAGUGAGUUGUUACAUUUCACAGGUGUUUUUCAUGCAGUUUUGUUCAGUGGGCUCAGCCUGAUAACAGCAGGUUCAGAGGAUGGCUGAACCACAUGAGUGCUGGAUCUGAGAAUGACAUGUAGGAGUUAUCCUGCACAACACUUUGCAGGUGUCAUACAGACCUCAGAGUAACUAUGUUCCUAUAUUUAUAGUCAUAGUAAGACCUUUUAAGUACAAAGUGCAAUUUCAGUUUCUGCAGUUCCACCCAUUAAAUGCCGUAAUCAUACCUGAUUCAAAUCUGGUCAUCUCCUUAGAUACUGCAUUCUUCGACAGGAUUUAAUUUUUGGUAAGAAGAUACUCUUUUAACUGAGGGCUGCUGUUUGGGCUUUGGGUUGUAGUCAAAGAUCACAAUAAGUUGUUUUUGUGUUUUUCUAACUAAAUUUAUGUAUAGCAUAAAAAUGUAGAGAACAAAAAUAUAUGUUAUUCUUUUGAGUAUGUAGAGCUCAAAGCUAAGAUAAGCAACCUGAUUAGAGUAACGCACACAUGGAUAUUUGCUGUGUAGGUGGGUGGCUUGUGGGAUCCAGCACUCCAUCACUGGUCACAUAAACCCGACAGAGCCUGGAGCUGUGUUUGGUACUGCUGAAAAACUAAUCUCUGUUUACACAGUGAUAUAUAUACUACAAUAUACAUAUAUAACACUCCAAAAAAGAAUGUUUUGAGACUCCUCAAAGCAAUAAAGUGGAACUUGCGAGUUCAUUUUUAUUUAUUGGUGCUGUUGUAAAAUGUUAACAGUGUUCACUGGACCAGCCUUCAUCAUUGCUCGUGACACUUGCACAAUAACGAAGAACAACUUUGGACCAGUCCUUCUGCGAGGCGUCUCUUCAUCAACAGUUAUGGAAUAUCUUGAUCAUACAAUAUCAUUGCAUCAUGCUACACCACCUCAUGUGAGUUAAGCGCAGGACUCCCUGAUUUUUCUUUGAACAAUUCUGAUAUUAAUUUACAUUCAUGCUUUGGGUAAUUUGUUAUUUCAUCAAACUGUCCUAAGAUUCAACUCGUGAAUCGCUCCCCAGAUCCAGUGCAAAUAAUCAGACUCACUGAUUCAAUUUAUUGUUCCUUUAAUGACUGUAAAGCCUCAGAUGUACUUCCACUUACAUGCCCACUAGUGUCUGCUCAGGUCCAAGUGGUGUGAAUUUUGUAAUUAUUCAGACUUUAAAGUCAUCACUACUCAGAGUCUCCACUUGUCUGUGUCCACAAUGGGAUAUAUUUGAGGCUGAAGAGAUCAGGCUUCGAUCCUAAAACGUGCUUCCUCCACCAUAUUUCACUGUUGGGAUGAGGUUUGAUGUGCAGUGCAUUGUUCUUGCAAAAAACAGCAACAGUCAUUUUAUCUGUUGAACUGCUAAACUGUCAGGUUUUUAGAAUGGCUUUCAUAACCUUCUCCAGCCUCUGUGCAUCUCAAGCCCUUAAAUGUGGGGCUCACACCCACUUACGUCCUAAGUCUGCCAAGUGUUGGCCGGUAAUUACACUUUGGCCCUUUUUUUUUUUUCCUUUGUAAGGUAAAAGCUAGAGUUAUUGCUUAUCUGUAAUACUUGAAUAUUAUAACAGCUGAAUGUUUGCAAUAUGAAGUGGGGAUUAUACUUGGCUGUUGAUGAGGUUUUAGCAUCGAUGGGAAUAUGUUCCUCUGUACUGUCAAAAGGCGAAAACAGAGCCACCAGAGCCCACAUAAUGGGGGGGGGGCUUGGUCAUUCAUCUAUUUACAUAUAUAUAGCUGUAGAUAUACCAAGGGCUGAGGGAGGAACUGGAAAAAAUGUGGAAGUUGAGUUUGUGAAGUCUGCAGAUACACUACAAAAAAAAGAAUUUGCAGACACAUGAACAUCUUCACAGACUCAACCUCACCAUCUUGAACAAACCAUAACUUGGGCACUUUAAGUGGGUAAGGGGACAAAACACAUGAGAAGUGACACACACAGCAGAUUUGGUCGUUCUCAAAUGUAUUUCCUUUAGAAAACUUUACAAAAGACUACUGGAUAUAAAAGAAUAUUUUGCUUACAAAUAACCAAUCCUAUAGAAGAUCCUUGCAUUUCAGAAUUUGGACAUUGUGUGUUUUUAUACGACACAGACAUUUGAAGCUAUGUGCAAAUAAUACAAAAGUAAGCUGAUGGAAUAUCCCAUAGUUAAAAUAGCAUACAAUGGAAUGCAGAGCAGGAAAGAAAAAGAAAACAUAUAGGUACACUAUAAAUGUUCAAACUUGUACUUAAAUAAUGAGCUGCAUACUAGCCUCACAACAUGCUUUAAAGGAGUAUAGUGUAAAUUUCCAGAGCCCUAAUUCCAUCAGUCCAACACAAAGAUAUUAGAAGAGAAACACUGUCCUUUACCAGGUGUGUGCAGGCUAGAAAGCCUUCUAGUUACAGUCUAACUGUAGCACUGAUGGAAUUAGUGUUGUAGAAAUUGUACAUUAUACUGAAUUCUUCAAGACAGCAGGUGAACAAGGCCAGAUCAGAAACAUGGAGGUGUCGCAUUAAAACUGGAACUGCUUGACUCGAACACAAUCCUUUCUUCUAUAAACAUGCACUCCUCUCUGUCAGAGGUACACCAAGGCCUCUUUAAUAUCUGACAGUUAACAAAAA